CGUGCGUUCAGCUUAUUGAAUCAGUCAUCAAAAAGCAGUUUGAUGUUAUUUUUGUCAAGAUCUCACUUACAUCUGAACGCGCGGUUGUUAUCUACAAUGAAGAGAGCAGUAUCACGCCUGACUCUCUUGCAGCCACUAUCAAUAAUAUGGGUUUUGAAGCAAAACCAGUUUAUGAAAUAGAAAGCUUUCCUGAAUGCUUGGAUAAAACCGGUGACAAAGCUUUAGAGACGUGUUUACUUAUUGAAGAUCUCUCUUCUUCUAACUAUGAAGAUAGGAUUAACCAGUCUCUUGGGUGCUUGUCCAAUUUAGUUACUUUUCGAAUCAACACAGCAUCAUCUACUAUAGAAAUAUGGCACUUACAACAAGUAACAACAUCUGAUUUGAUAGAUUGUAUCAGUAAAGCAGGAUUUAAAGCUACUGUCAAGCCUCAAACAAUAUCUGUGCCAACAGACUUCUCAAUUUCGAAUAAAGAUAAAAUCUCAUUGAGGAAAUCUGAAUAUCUGUCAACUAUUCAUCUAUCUAGUAAAGCGAAUUCGGAAAGUUUUCGUCAUAAUAUUCUAAUUGUCAAGGUUGACAGGGUGAUUAAUACUCUUAAAUUUGAUGAGUUACUUCAAGCCUACCAUAAUUCCUUGAAUUCUUCAACAUAUGAUUUGGACAUUUUGGCUUCGUCUCAAAAUGGAAUGUUGUUAAGUGUCAAUAUCUUAUCUCCUAUUCCUUACGACUCUCCAAGUAAAGGUGUUUGUUUAACUACAAUUGAUUUAAUGAGACAAAUUUCUGAUUUUUUAACUUCUAAACAAUAUCCAACUGCUCGAAUAACAUUUCCCGGUUCAAUUAUAAAUAAUUCUGAAAUGGAUAGUGUUUAUGAUCACUGUGAUCAAAAAGCAACAAAUUGUCACCCUUCUGAAGACCAUACAAAUAAACUGAACAGUUAUGAAAUCACUGUCUCUAUAUACGGAAUGCAUUGUCAUUCAUGCGUACGGAAAAUUGAAUCGUAUUUCAAUGAAGAAUCUGUAAAGCAAUCCUAUAAUUUGAAGAAUUGUCGUGUAUCACUAUCAGACAAAGAAGGAAAAUUCACAUUGGAGAAGAAUUCAACGUCACAAGUAUUAACUCAGAAUGAUUUUUUUCCUAUUGCGUCUGAUCUAUUAGAUAUUGAUGUUGAUAAAAUUCAUUUGGAUCUGCAAAAGCUUGGUUUUCAAACAUCAUCUAUUACUAAUAAUCCGUCUGAUCAAAAUGAUCCACUACAACCUUCAACUACAACGGAUUAUUUAUCUGAAGUUCCAUUAAAUCACUAUAUACCCUCUGCUACUUUAAAUUCAUCGUCAUCAUUAUUAUCUAAACGAAAUUCAUGCGCGAAUCCGACUACCAUUACUACUACAACUACUACUGCUACUACGUUAUCCAACUCUAGUAGUCAUCUGUCAACAUCACCAUCAUCAUCAUGUCGUCUAACCAAAGAAAUAAAUUUAAAUGUGAAUCGUGAGAAAUGCUUUUUACAUGUUACAGGGAUGACUUGUAGUUCAUGUGUACACACUAUUGAACAAAAUUUAUUAAAAUUAAAAGGCGUUCAUUCAGUUUUAGUCGCAUUAAUUGCCAUGAAAGCUGAAAUUGUCUAUGAACCUAAUGUAAUCACUGUUAAACAAUUAAUCAAACAAAUUGAAGAAUUAGGUUUUUCUGCGACAUUGUUAGAACAACAUGAUGGUUUACAUGGUGGUUCUGGUCGGGGAACUAUUCAUUUCACGAUUCAUGAACUAUCAGCUAAUCCUUCUCAAUAUACAACAAUUGAAUCCACAUUGAAUAAAACUAAAGGUGUAGAUUCUGCUGUCUUAGACUUAAAUACAAAAUGUCUCCGUAUUGUAUACACUCCAAAUGAAAUUGGGCCUCGUGAUCUAAUGAAACAAAUCGAAAAUUUAGGUUAUCAAGCAGUUUUGUAUCGACCUGAACAGAAAAAUUUGCAUGAAUCAAAUUCAUUACUUAGAUGGCGUAGUUCAUUUUACUUCAGUUUAUUUUUCGCCAUUCCAACAAUGUUGAUUAUGACCAUCUUCAUGUUAUUAUGGCCACAUCAUGUAUCGGAAAGUUGUCCAACACAUUUUCGUGAAACACCAGUUGAUGAUAAUCUACCCAAACCACCAUCAUCACCACCACCACAACAACAAGAGAAUCUUGCAAAUGAGGUGAACAAUACACAUAGACAUACAAUACAGUAUUUUACUACACCUAUGAUAAUUCCUGGAUUGUCAGUGGAGAAUAUGUUAAUGUUUUUGUUAGCUACACCAAUACAGAUAUUUGGGGGUCGUUAUUUUUAUAUUCAUGCCUACAAAUCAUUAAUACAUGGUAUAGCUAAUAUGGAUGUUUUAAUAGUAAUGGCUACAACAAUUGCAUAUUCAUAUUCUGUAGUGAUUUUAUUCAUUGCAAUAUUGAAUCAAUGGCAACAUAGUCCACGUACUGUGUUUGAAACUUCACCAAUGUUAUUAGUGUUUGUCUCAUUAGGCCGUUGGUUAGAACAUAUUGCAAAGGGAAAAACAUCCGAAGCGCUUACUAAAUUGCUGUCAUUACACGCUAAAGAAGCUACUCUUAUUGACUUAUCACCAACAGAAAGACAAAAAUUAGAAGACACCCUACAACAACAAACAAAACAGUUGCCGACAAAUUUGUUUUCUAGUGGUGUUGAGAAGCAUAUCCCUAUCGAAUUGGUUCAUCAAAACGAUAUCAUCAAAAUUCUUCCCGGUGAAAAAGUUCCUGUUGAUUGCCGAAUUUUAAUUGGAUACACAUCAUGUGAUGAAUCGUUGAUUACUGGAGAAAGUAUGCCAGUUGUUAAAAAACCAGGAUCAGAUUUGAUUGGUGGCUCUGUUAAUCUAGGUAGUAUUGUAUGGGCCAAAGCGACUCAUAUUGGUGAAGAUUCAGCCCUAUCUCAGAUUGUUCGCCUGGUUGAAGAGGCGCAAACAUCGAAAGCUCCAGUACAACAGCUUGCAGACAAGAUUGCCGGUUAUUUUGUCCCAUUUAUUUGCUUUGUGUCAUUAACAGUUUUCAUUCUAUGGAUCACAUUGGGUUUAUUGGUGCCAACAACCAUAAAAGGUUAUGAACCUGGUUGUUCUGUUCUCUUGUUAGCUGUUGAUCAUGCAUUUCGUAUGGCUAUCACUGUACUGACCAUAGCUUGUCCAUGUGCUCUUGGAUUAGCUACACCAACAGCGGUUAUGGUAGCUACUGGGACUGGUGCAUUAGCUGGUAUAUUAAUUAAAGGUGGUCAACCGUUAGAGAAUAUGCGUAAAUUAACUACAAUAUUGUUUGAUAAAACUGGAACAAUCACUCAAGGUCGACCACAAGUUAUCCGUAUUGUCAUGUUUGUACCACCUAGUGGUGAAAUGGAGAAAUCAUCAGAAGUAAAUAAGCACCAAUCCUCUGAACAAUAUUCAUUAUCAUUAUCAUCAUCAAUCUCUUUACAUAAACCAAGAAUCUGUUCAAACAUAUCACCCAGUCGAUUUUUAUAUCUUAUAGCUAGUGCUGAAUCAACAGUACAACAUCCUGUUGCAAAUGCUGUACUUAUUAUAGCACGUACAUUUCGUCGAUUUGCAUCAACAUUCAAUUCAAGUGAAUUACUAUCAAAAGAAAAAUUAAAUUAUCCACGUACUCAUGAUGAUAAAAUGAAGUAUGACUUAUCCAGUGAUUUUGGAAAGGUAGGAUCAGAUUUGAUUGGUGGCUCUGUUAAUCUAGGUAGUAUUGUAUGGGCCAAAGCGACUCAUAUUGGUGAAGAUUCAGCCCUAUCUCAGAUUGUUCGCCUGGUUGAAGAGGCGCAAACAUCGAAAGCUCCAGUACAACAGCUUGCAGACAAGAUUGCCGGUUAUUUUGUCCCAUUUAUUUGCUUUGUGUCAUUAACAGUUUUCAUUCUAUGGAUCACAUUGGGUUUAUUGGUGCCAACAACCAUAAAAGGUUAUGAACCUGGUUGUUCUGUUCUCUUGUUAGCUGUUGAUCAUGCAUUUCGUAUGGCUAUCACUGUACUGACCAUAGCUUGUCCAUGUGCUCUUGGAUUAGCUACACCAACAGCGGUUAUGGUAGCUACUGGGACUGGUGCAUUAGCUGGUAUAUUAAUUAAAGGUGGUCAACCGUUAGAGAAUAUGCGUAAAUUAACUACAAUAUUAUUCGAUAAGACUGGAACAAUCACUCAAGGUCGACCACAAGUUAUCCGUAUUGUCAUGUUUGUACCACCUAGUGGUGAAAUGGAGAAAUCAUCAGAAGUAAAUAAGCACCAAUCCUCUGAACAAUAUUCAUUAUCAUUAUCAUCAUCAAUCUCUUUACAUAAACCAAGAAUCUGUUCAAACAUAUCACCCAGUCGAUUUUUAUAUCUUAUAGCUAGUGCUGAAUCAACAGUACAACAUCCUGUUGCAAAUGCUGUACUUAUUAUAGCACGUACAUUUCGUCGAUUUGCAUCAACAUUCAAUUCAAGUGAAUUACUAUCAAAAGAAAAAUUAAAUUAUCCACGUACUCAUGAUGAUAAAAUGAAGUAUGACUUAUCCAGUGAUUUUGGAAAGAUUUCUCAAAUUAAAACUUCAUCUGGAUUAGGUGUUCAAUGUAAUGUUGAUCUAUUACCAUAUGAUUGUCCACCAGGUCCGGAAUUACCGAAACCUUUAGAUGUUCGAAAUAGUAGUAGUAGUAGCAGUAGUCUUAUCAAUCAAUAUACUGAAUUAGAUAUUGAUGCAGCAUUACAAAUGAAAUUAACUUACAUAUCAUGCAUGUGGCCGACAAAAAAUACAUCUCCUAUUACUACUACUACUACUACCACUAAUGAUAAUAAUGAUACAACAAGUAAUAUUGAAAAGUUUAAUGGUCUUUUGUCUAAUCAAUCUAUGACAACAUAUCCGGUUAGUUUUUAUUCUAUGGUCAAUGAAUUAAAUACAUGUCAAGUUGUAAACGAUGAUAAAGAAAAUGUAAGACAUAAGAAGAGUACAAACAAUGAUAUCAGUAUAUCUGAACUACAACAACAACAACGGCAACAACAAAGAUACUUUCUAAAUGAAACACAGCAAAUUGAAUGGGCAGACUGCACCAAAGGUGGUGUUCAUUCUGUACUUAUUGGUAAUCGUGAAUGGCUGAAACAAAACAAUGUGAUAUUGCCUAUCAUUUUAUCUAACGAAUACUUACCAGAUGGACGUGAAUCAAAUUAUCAACCUACUGGUUAUUGUAGUAUCCCAACUUUGGAAUCAUUAGUUGCAGCUGAUGAGUCUCAGGGACACACAGUUGUUUUUGUCGCUAUUAAUAAUAUAUUAGUCGGUCUAGUGACAAUUUCUGACCCAAUUAAACCAGAAGCUGAUUUAAUCGUUGCUGCAUUACGUCACCGUGGUAUACGUGUAGCUCUGUUAACUGGUGAUAAUUAUCGUAGUGCUAAUGCAGUUGCACAACAAAUUGGUAUCGAUGAAGUCUAUGCUGAAGUGUUACCUGGUCAUAAAGCGGAUAAAAUAAAAGAAUUACAAAACUAUACAACCGUUCUUAAAAGAAAUAAAAGGAAUUCUGCCAUAAUGUCGAUGACCACGAUGAGAAAUGAGAAGCGGAGGAAAAUGAAAACAAUGGAAGGUUUUAUUUCAGAUAAAACUGAUGGUGUAAAUAACAUUAGGGGAGACGAAAAUGAAUACAAUUUAUUCAAUGAAGGAAUAUAUGAGGAUAAAUUUCAUAAUACCGUUAAAAGUACUCAGGUGAAACCUAAUGGAAAAUUUGUAAAAAAUACUUUAUCUUUUAAGCAACUGAUCAAACAGUUCAUCAGUGCAAUGUGCUGUUCAUCUAGUCAACAUUAUUAUUCUUCUUUUGUAAAGUCAUUGAAUCUUGGAAGUAAGCAUCAUGCUACUUCAUUUCGUCGACGUCAAGUAGAACGUCGUGAGAUAUAUCGGAAAAAUAACUUACGUGUAUCACUUUCAAAAGCCCGACGUCAAUAUGUUGCGAUGGUUGGUGAUGGUGUUAACGAUAGUCCUGCACUAGCUCAAGCUGAUGUUGGUAUAGCUAUUGGGCGUGGUGCAGAUGUUGCCGUAGAAGCUGCCGAUGUAGUACUUAUUCGAAAUUCAUUGAUUGAUGUAGUCGGCGCUAUUGAUUUGUCGAAGAAAACUGUGCGUCGGAUACGAUGCAAUUUUAUUGCUGCUACUCUAUACAAUCUUAUAGGGGUUCCUGUUGCUGCAGCUAGUGCUGAAUCAACAGUACAACAUCCUGUUGCAAAUGCUGUACUUAUUAUAGCACGUACAUUUCGUCGAUUUGCAUCAGCGUUCAAUUCAAGUGAAUUACUAUCAAAAGAAAAAUUAAAUUAUCCACGUACUCAUGAUGAUAAAAUGAAGUAUGACUUAUCCAGUGAUUUUGGAAAGAUUUCUCAAAUUAAAACUUCAUCUGGAUUAGGUGUUCAAUGUAAUGUUGAUCUAUUACCAUAUGAUUGUCCACCAGGUCCGGAAUUACCGAAACCUUUAGAUGUUCGAAAUAGUAGUAGUAGUAGCAGUAGUCUUAUCAAUCAAUAUACUGAAUUAGAUAUUGAUGCAGCAUUACAAAUGAAAUUAACUUACAUAUCAUGCAUGUGGCCGACAAAAAAUACAUCUCCUAUUACUACUACUACUACUACCACUAAUGAUAAUAAUGAUACAACAAGUAAUAUUGAAAAGUUUAAUGGUCUUUUGUCUAAUCAAUCUAUGACAACAUAUCCGGUUAGUUUUUAUUCUAUGGUCAAUGAAUUAAAUACAUGUCAAGUUGUAAACGAUGAUAAAGAAAAUGUAAGACAUAAGAAGAGUACAAACAAUGAUAUCAGUAUAUCUGAACUACAACAACAACAACGGCAACAACAAAGAUACUUUCUAAAUGAAACACAGCAAAUUGAAUGGGCAGACUGCACCAAAGGUGGUGUUCAUUCUGUACUUAUUGGUAAUCGUGAAUGGCUGAAACAAAACAAUGUGAUAUUGCCUAUCAUUUUAUCUAACGAAUACUUACCAGAUGGACGUGAAUCAAAUUAUCAACCUACUGGUUAUUGUAGUAUCCCAACUUUGGAAUCAUUAGUUGCAGCUGAUGAGUCUCAGGGACACACAGUUGUUUUUGUCGCUAUUAAUAAUAUAUUAGUCGGUCUAGUGACAAUUUCUGACCCAAUUAAACCAGAAGCUGAUUUAAUCGUUGCUGCAUUACGUCACCGUGGUAUACGUGUAGCUCUGUUAACUGGUGAUAAUUAUCGUAGUGCUAAUGCAGUUGCACAACAAAUUGGUAUCGAUGAAGUCUAUGCUGAAGUGUUACCUGGUCAUAAAGCGGAUAAAAUAAAAGAAUUACAAAACUAUACAACCGUUCUUAAAAGAAAUAAAAGGAAUUCUGCCAUAAUGUCGAUGACCACGAUGAGAAAUGAGAAGCGGAGGAAAAUGAAAACAAUGGAAGGUUUUAUUUCAGAUAAAACUGAUGGUGUAAAUAACAUUAGGGGAGACGAAAAUGAAUACAAUUUAUUCAAUGAAGGAAUAUAUGAGGAUAAAUUUCAUAAUACCGUUAAAAGUACUCAGGUGAAACCUAAUGGAAAAUUUGUAAAAAAUACUUUAUCUUUUAAGCAACUGAUCAAACAGUUCAUCAGUGCAAUGUGCUGUUCAUCUAGUCAACAUUAUUAUUCUUCUUUUGUAAAGUCAUUGAAUCUUGGAAGUAAGCAUCAUGCUACUUCAUUUCGUCGACGUCAAGUAGAACGUCGUGAGAUAUAUCGGAAAAAUAACUUACGUGUAUCACUUUCAAAAGCCCGACGUCAAUAUGUUGCGAUGGUUGGUGAUGGUGUUAACGAUAGUCCUGCACUAGCUCAAGCUGAUGUUGGUAUAGCUAUUGGGCGUGGUGCAGAUGUUGCCGUAGAAGCUGCCGAUGUAGUACUUAUUCGAAAUUCAUUGAUUGAUGUAGUCGGCGCUAUUGAUUUGUCGAAGAAAACUGUGCGUCGGAUACGAUGCAAUUUUAUUGCUGCUACUCUAUACAAUCUUAUAGGGGUUCCUGUUGCUGCAGGUUGUCUAAUGCCUUUCGGCAUAGAGUUAACACCGUGGUUCGCAUCAGCUGCAAUGGCAGCUUCAUCACUUUCUGUCAUAUGUCUUUCACUGCUUUUGAAACGUUGGCAAAAACCAACACCAGCAUCCCUAAUCUGUCCAGAAUAUGUGAAAUUUCUUUCUUCACAAUCACACGAUACAAAGAUUAAAUCCGGACAGAGACGUGAUAGUCAACAUUCAUCAGGACAGCAUAGUUUAACCGAUAAAGCAUUAUCAUUACGUGAUAAUUUACGUACUCGAUUUACUCGUCAUCAUCGUAUUUCAUCAAUACACACUAAUAUUGAAUCAGUGGAUAAUCAAAAUUUACUCGAUACACACAAUGAAUCGGAAGAUGAAAUAAUGAAUACACGAAAUUUUCUCAUUGAUAAAUCAUUCAUUUCAUUAGGUGCACAAAAUUUCACAGAUAAUGACAAUAGUGUUUCGUUGGAAAUGCGAAAAGCGCGUAGUUGGACUUCUCGAACUUGUCGAUGAUAUAAUUGUUUCUCUCAAUUUUUUUUUCACAGGAGUAAUUCAUUUUAUUUAUGUUUGUGUAUCUUCUGAUUAGAUAGAGAGAUGUUAGGUCCUAAUUUAUUUAUUUUUUUUUUACAUAAAUACUUUCAUUUCAAACGGAUUAACUUAAAUUAUUGAUUCUACAAAUUCCUUUCAAAUGUAUCAUAUACAUAUAUAUAUAGGUCAGCUGGUGCUUGACAAAUUUAACAGCCUUAAUGCAUUUCUUAUCUUUACGAUUAUAUGUUGAUUUUAUUUGAGUCACUUGUGCUGGUUCAUUGACUUCUGUCAGCCACACAAAAUACAGUUAUUAAUUUCUUUUGAAAUUAUCUUGUUCAAUCUCUCUUAUCUUUAGUCUGUUAUCUUUUUAUCUUACUUCGUUCAAUUUGUCAAUAUGUAUGUAAUAGGUUGAUGCAUCCGAACAACAAUUUCUUCUUUUUUUUCUAAUUUUUGUUUUCGUUCUCAAAUCGUGUUUUUCUUUCCUAUUAAAUUGUGAUUUACGAUUACUUACCGAUCUGCAAAUAUGUAAAAGUAUGUAAAUAUAUACGCUUUCUGUGAUUUUGUACAUCCAUAAAAUUUAGUGAACAGUAUUGAUGCUGCAGAUAUUUCUUUAUUGAACUUUGAAAACGACAGUUAAUUUAUUAUGAAUUGGUCAUAGUUAACGUAGGGCUUCAAAAAAAA